GCUGGGAUUUCUCUGGGAAAGCCCAGCGGUGGUAGCUGCGGCGGAUCUCCCAGCACUGUCCGCGGCGCGCCCGCCCAGCCCUGGGCUGGCGAGCAGCUCCGCGAAGUCGCGGAGCGAAGAAGGCGGAGCGCCCGCAAAGUGGUCUGGGCUCAGCGCCGGGGCUGGACUGGGCGCGGUGUGUGCCCUGGGAGCCUGGAUCCCGGAGCCCUUGUGCCUCUCGUGGAGCGGCCGGUGCACCUGGAGGCGAGCUGACGCUGGGAAAGGAGAAGUCAAAUUGCAGCCUUCCCAAAGACGCUAAGUUACGCAGGCCAGCCAGUUCCCGGAGAGCAUUCGCGAGAGAGCAGAAAGCCGAGCCGCAGAGCCCUCCCGGGCCAGCCGGCCGGGGGCAGAGCACCAGCCCCUGUGCACGGGGUCCCUGUCCGAAGUGCGCCCCAGUACAGAGGCGGGGCGUGCAGGGCUCCAUCGGGCCGCCAGCAGCCCGCGCCCGACUUGGGCGCCCCCUCCGUCCCAUUCUGGGAGCGAUGCCCCCCGCCCCUUGUGUCCCCCGGGAACGCCUCGAGCAUGGAGAAGUCGAGUAGUGAGGAUUCUUCGAUCCACCGGAGUCCAUCUUUGGACAGCAAGGACUCGGACUUUGCCAAACCGUCUACCUCGGGCCGCCCGUUCGGCCGCGGAUUCACAGCCGGCGCCUUCUACGGCACCGCGGGCUCCCGGGGCCAGAGCCGCGCUGAGGCUGGCGUUAAGACCGACAAAUACAAUGCCCCUAAAGGCAGCAAGUACGUGGUGUUUUACCUGGACCUGUCCUUUGUUUUCCUCCUAGAAUUUAAAAAGUGCAACAUGGCCAGGGGCUGCCUCUGCUGCUUGAAGUACAUGAUGUUCCUCUUCAAUUUGAUAUUCUGGCUCUGUGGCUGUGGGCUGCUCGGAGUGGGCAUUUGGCUGUCCGUGUCCCAAGGCAACUUUGCCACCUUCUCUCCCAGCUUCCCUUCGCUAUCAGCAGCCAACCUAGUCAUCGCCAUAGGCACCAUUGUCAUGGUGACGGGCUUCCUCGGCUGCCUGGGGGCCAUCAAGGAAAACAAGUGCCUCCUCCUCAGUUUUUUCAUCGUCCUGUUGAUCAUCCUCCUAGCAGAGCUGAUCUUACUUAUCCUCUUCUUUGUCUACAUGGACAAGGUGAACGAGAACGCCAAGAAGGACCUGAAAGAAGGCCUGCUGCUGUACAACACGGAGAACAAUGUGGGGCUGAAGAAUGCCUGGAACAUCAUCCAGGCUGAGAUGCACUGCUGUGGCGUCACUGAUUACACAGACUGGUACCCGGUGCUGGGUGAGAACACGGUCCCCGACCGCUGCUGCAUGGAGAACUCCCAGGGCUGCGGGCGCAACAGCACCACCCCAUUGUGGAGAACGGGCUGCUAUGAAAAGGUAAAGAUGUGGUUUGAUGACAACAAGCACGUGCUCGGCACAGUGGGGAUGUGCAUCCUUAUUAUGCAGAUUCUGGGCAUGGCCUUCUCCAUGACCCUCUUCCAGCACAUCCACCGGACUGGUAAAAAGUACGAUGCCUGAGCGCCGGCGGGAGCCCCAGCGGGAGCCCCAGCCCCCAUGCGGACACUGUGCCAGGGAAGGAGAUUUGAGCUUUGUGUUGCCUGCCCGCACUCCAGACUGCUGACCCCCUGCCCCCGCCUCCCCCAGCCGCCCUCGCCACCCACCCCGCCCCAGCCUUCUUGGGGUGGAGGGCCAGGGAGGAGGAGGCACAGAGACCUUGGGGUGCUGGGGGUGCCUGGAUUCCUGCAUCUGUGUAUUUGCCAAAGAAGACAGGGUGGGCCAGGGGCCAUGCCCGAGGAGGCCCCAGCACUGACGUGUGUCCACCCGCCCUUCCUCACACUGACGCUGUGCCCGCGUUGGGGGCAGCAGAGGCUCGCUCCCGGUGGAGAGACUGCCCAGCAGAGGCCACCCUGUGGGAAAGGGGCGAGGCUGCCUCCAGCCAAGGUCCCAGGGAGCACCUUGCCCAGGCUUUUUAUACCUUACAGUGUAACUUUUUUAUUUUAUUUUACUCUGAUUACGAUUAUUCAGGAAUAUUAUCUCAGAUAAGUUUAGGGUUAGCUUUCUGAUUUAUAACUUUUUACUGCGUUGAUUUCUGUAACGGUUUGAUUUUUUUUUUCCUUGAGGGUGGGAGAUGGGUGGGAGAGAGGACGUCGUCUGGUUUCAAUCAGGAGAAACCACUGUGCAACACUCAGGAGGUGCUCAGGCGAGAUGCGCCAGCCUGCACUCAGGACACACUGAGAGGAGGGCUGGCCCUGGCCCGGGGCGUCUGUGGCCCAGGAACCCGGAAGAGGGGGUGAAAUGGAGGAGUGGGAGGCAACGUGGAGGAGUGUCCUGCACGGGAGCGAUAUGUUUGCGAAUGCUGGUGCAAGAGGCCAGAGCGGGGCGGGGGUGGGGGGGUGGCUGGUGAAGUGCUUUGCCAGGAACAUGGCUGGAGCAGUCGUGGGUCGUUCCACUUCAUCGAUGAGCAGUUGUUCUUUUUCCUUUCUUUCCUCCUGCCGUCUGCUGGCACAGGAGGCUUCCCCUUCCCCCAUGCGGGCCUUCCCGCCACAGGUUCUGCAGACCCAGUGAUUUCACAGACAUUCCUGCUAGAAGCUCUCAGACACAUACCUCUAGUUCGGCUGCUGCUCACUUUCUCACACUGCUUCUGGAAGGGGAAGCUCUCCUGAGGGUUUGCUGCUUGGACAGUGGCAGAGGACCCCUGACAGUCAGGAGGGGCGGGUGGAAACGGUGCCCACGAUCAUUCCAGCCGGGUUCACGGGGCUGCGGAUUUCCUGCUGGGAGGAAGGGAGAGAGGUCCAUCCAGGUCCAAGGACCCUCAUCUCCUUCCUCGGGGUUCAUUCAUGGUGAGGUGGGUGGUAAUCAUCACAUCCUCUGUGACCCCAAGAAAAAGUACAGAAAAUGAAGGAGGUCAGACUGGAUGCUGUUAAGUAGCGCCAGGACAAAGGCAGCCUGAGGCAGGACCUGGCAGGUGGGCGGGGCAUUGGACUGCAGCGGGGUGUCCCACCUGAACUGAGGCUGGUUUCAGUGAGCAUUUGCAGUUUAGGGAAAAGUCAAGAAUCCGUGGGACGGAGCUUGAAACGCUUCCCCACUAGCGAGGUAGGACCCACCCGGUGCACUUCCCCUGGUGGGGCCCCACAGGUGGCUGCCGUCUCCUCCACCACUUGGCUCCGUACCUAGUUUCCCCACCAGGCCCACAUCUCUCUGGCCUCCACCUGUCUGUUCCAAGAGCUGAGACUUGGCCACCCUGCCAGCAUCAUUAACCAUAAGUGCAGCACAGUCAGGGCCAGGAGUAUUGAACUUUUGGUGAGCUCAGGAUUCACGUUUUUGGAGGGUGGGGAGUAGAGUAGCCUCCGUGAGCUGGGCAGUAAAGCCACCCCCCGAGACAGGAGCACUGGUGCAGAUGUGGGCGUGGGGAGGGUGGGGCCUGGGUGGAGGAUGGACAAGCACACAUUUGAGCAAAACUGUCUUUGGGUCCUCUGGCCCUUCUUCCUGAUAAGAAGCUUCAGCUGCCUCCCCAGGUACCCCAACCUGCCGAGCUCAGAGCAGACGUGCUGCCGGGCCAUUGUGGAGAGACACUCAGCAAACAAGCAUUCAGGUUGCACAGCGGGACCUGGUGCAUAAUGAGUUUAUGCUGGGGGUGGGGGUGGGUCGGGUUUGUUUAUGCCUAUCAAUGCAAUUUUUAAUUUUUGUUAAAAUCAACAGCAAAAGCCUAGCACCGUGGGGGCUGCGUAGUCUCCCUGGCAGUCUCGUUUCUGGGGCUUCAGGGGCAUCCUCUGGCCUUGCAGCCCUUGCCACAAACCCCCUUCCUGCUGCGAGCCCCCCACCUCACUCAUCUGUUCACGCAGCCUUGUCCAGUUUCCAUACUCCCUUCUCACCUCACCCUGUGCUUGGUUGGCAGACUCGGCCAAAUGGUUCCCUCAUUUGACUGAGUCUGCACUGGGCGGAAGGUGCUGUGCGUGGGCCCAGGUGCUCUCCCAAGCCCCUUGUCGGGCCCCCACUGCACAGAAAGCCUCAGUCGUGGCUUCCCUUAUGAAAGUCAGAGUUAGUUUAAUCAGGUCUGCUGCAGGCAGUUUACAGAAGGCUCAGAAGGUCAGGGUCCUGUAGACAACUUCAAGGGAAUGCCUGCUGUGGCCGUUCUCGGCAGCCAUCUCAGGGGAGGCCCCGUGGGCAGGGGCUGAGCGCUGCUGCAGCAGGUGUCAGCGCGAGUCUCCCUGCGCUCUCAGCUGGAGCACUGCCUGCCCUCUUCCUGCGGGCCUGCGCCUGCGUCUUGGGCUCGCUCUCUGAAAACCCUGCUCAGCCCACCGGGAUGCUCACGCAGGUGUUCUGGUGUGACUUGGAACUAGGUGGCCAUCCCUCUUUGUUUUAGUGGCCGAAGAGCAGUCAGAUGGAAAUGACUGUCCCUGGCUCUCUGGCCCCCUGCCCACCCACUGGUGGAGGUGCUAACUAGCAGGGACCUGGCAUAGGACGGGAGCUGGGGCCAGGUGCAUGGGGUGUGCUCUUUGUCCCUCGGCCCUUCCGAGUCUGGCUGCUCCUGUUCCGAUCCUCCCAUUUCCCUCCUCAUCCUGCAGCGGAGCAGUAGUCCGGGGCGGAGCCUGGCCUCCCUGCCCCGACGGAGCACUCUGAGGGCAAGGCCUUGGGGCUGUGCCCACACUCGGCCCAGCCCCGGAGCAGCACGGGAGAGCAGGGUAGCACGCCUGUUGGUUUCAAAUGCACUUUUCUGCUUGUGAUGCCGUUUCUGCAUUUCCUUCAUCCUGGUCCUGGCUUUAUUGAACGCCAUGUUUUUAGCAUGUUUUUAAAUAAAAACUGAU